GUGGAGUGCUGCUUCAUCACAAACCGAAGGGAGUACCGCCCAUCAGUCUUGCGAUUGCAUCCCAGCACACGGAGCAUGUGGAUGUAUCAAUUUGUCCUCGAUUCACGAUCACAGGGCACGAUGGCCAACGUACGGCGAAGGACAUGUGGGAGGAAGUAAGGCAGAAUGGGUUCUUUUUCAAAAGCAAGGAUGAGCAGAAAUCGCCGUCAGGUGAAGGAUGUGCCAUAGGAGCUGCUGUAGCCGCCUUCACAGUUGUGCCCCCAGGCAUGUCAAGGGAGAUGGUGUUCUCCCUUGCAUGGGACGCGCCUAUAGUGAAGUUUUGUGAGGGCUCAUCGUACUACAGGCGAUACACAAAGUUUUAUGGAGUGAAUGGCAAAGCUGCAGCGAAACUUGCACAUGAUGCAAUAUGCAGAAUUUGAGCAAUAGCGAGAUGACAGAAUCCAGAUUGCACAAUCACAUUAAAAGCCAGAAAGU